AUAUUUUAAUAUUUAAAUACAAAAAAAAUGCAUAUUUUCAUAAUUACAUAAUUUUAAAAAUUGUCCCCGACUAAAUUCAUCAUUAAGCUGGCUCGAUUCGUUUAACAUUAUAUCUACGUAAAUAAAAAGUAUUUGAAAGAGUAAUAUUUACUUGUAAGUUGAUCGCGCCAGUCAGCGCCGAACGGUGACAGCGAGUACUCGUGCGUGGACAUAUUUUUGCAGAAAAAUACGAUUGCAAGUUGACUUCUGGCGUUUGUAACGUACAUAUUUUCAAAAUGGCAAAACAAAAAUUACAAACAAGAGAAGAAAGACUAAGAAAAAAAAGACUAGCGGAGAAGAGAAGAUAUGAAAGAAUAAAGAAUAAUGCAGAAUUAUGGAAAGAAAAACAAGAAAAGAAUAGACAAAACUAUAUACGCAGGAAAGAAGAAAAAAAACAACUACCGAUAGCAGAAAUGAAUCCCAGACAACAAAGGUUACAGAGGAAGAGAUGGAGAAAAAAUUACAAGGCAUAUUACCAAAGAAAGAAACAAGAAAAAUUAACAGCGGCAAUGCUAGACGAAAACACACCACCACAAAGUCCUAGCAUUUUGCCCUAUAAUGAAGCUUUCCAUGAUAAUCUUCCAAGUUUAAAUAAUCAGGUUGUAAAUAGAGAGGAGUCACCUACGCCAGGACCAUCCCGGAUUUUACGCAGUGCUACAAUUCUUCAGAACCAUGCUUAUUCCCCUACUUCACGAGGAACUACACCGAAUACAGAGGCUCCUUCCUGUUCUUCACCUGUGCCUUCUGUUGUAAGACGUCUCCGCUAUCAAAAAGAUAAAGAAAUAAAUAAUCUUAAACGAAUAAUACUAGACAUGAAGCGAAAAAAUGAACGUUAUAAGAAAAAACUGCAAAGAUUAGCAUUGAAUUAUAAAGGACCCUCAGUAGAUAACAAAAUCAGACCUAAAAAUCAAAAUACAACACUUGACCCUAAAAUAAAACGCCUAGUGCGAAAGUCAAAUAAGAUACCAAAUCAUCAUACAAAUUCUUUGCCUGAACUACUUAGAAAAGAAGUUGAAAUAUUUUAUGAAGACGAUGAAAAUAGUAGACUUUGCUCCGGAAAGAAAGAAUUUAUUACAAGAAACAAGAUACGUAAACAAAAGCGAUAUCUCAAUGACAGUCUUCUUAAUCUGCAUAAAAAGUUCCUGAAAAAGUCAAAUUUAAUUAUUAGCUAUUCAGCGUUCUGCAAGUUAAGGCCAUUUUGGGUGAUCAUACCUGAUUUUAGAUCAAGAGAUACCUGUUUAUGCAAAUUGCAUGUUAACAUGGAUUUAGUCAUCCAGGGAUUGUACCAGAGGAAGAUACUGGUCACCAAAACUUCCCAAGAUCUUCUCUCUCUGCUAUGUUGCGAUGUAUAUAAUGAAGAUUGUUUACAUCGAACAUGUUUUGCUUGCAAGGAAAGGACAGUCCCCUAUCAGGAAUUUGAUAAUUCCAUCGAAAUAACAUACUGGCAGUGGGAGACUAAACCAUACACGAUCGAAGCUACGGGAAGAAAAGUAAGAUCAACUGAGAAAAUUAAAAAAAGAGAGGAACCUAAGAUUUGCAUUGAAAAAUUUGAGUCAACAUUGAAUGAAUAUUUCGUGCAUUGUGGUAAUGUAGUUGCUCAACAAAAGGCUUUCAAAUAUUUAAAAGAAAAUCUUCAAGAGGGUGAGUGUAUAAUUCAUGUUGACUUUAGCGAAAAUUAUGCAGUUAAGUGCAAUGAAGAAAUACAGUCCUAUCAUUUCGGUGGAAGCCGUAAACAAUUAACUCUACACACUUCGGUAAUAUAUUUUUUAGACGAUGAGAAGAUACAGCAAGUACAGUCUUUUUGUACCGUGAGUGAAUGCCUUCGUCAUGACAUUUCUGCAGUGUGGGCUCACAUCGUACCAGUCCUCCAAUACAUAGGUGAAAAAAAGAGAGACAUUCAUACUAUACAUUUCAUUUCCGAUUCUCCGUCUAGUCAGUAUCGUAAUAAAAAAAUAUUUCACCUAAUUGCCUGUUUGCAUAUCUAUCUAAGCUCCAUUAAAAUCAUUACAUGGAACUACAGCGAAUCUGGUCAUGGGAAGGGUGCCCCAGAUGGGAUUGGCGCUGUUAUGAAAAGAACUGCGGAUCGCGCUGUUUCCCAAGGGCAGGAUAUAAAAGAUAUGCAGGAUUUUGUAAAUGUAAUGGAGCAAAACCUCAAGAAAGUAAAAUUGAGAACCGUUUCUGAGUAUGACGUAUGUGAAAAAGACUUCCUUUUUCCACAAAAUGUGAAAGCUUUUCCAGGUUGCCUGAAAAUGCACCAAAUAGUCUGGAAUUUCGAGUCUCCUAUAGUUGCCGUUCGAAAACUGAGCUGUAUAGAUCAAAACUGUCUGCAUCAGACUGUCAAUUGCAACCACAAAAAGCACCUUGGCUUUUAUCAUUUGGAAGACGAAAUUCAACACAACAAUACCGAUACGGUUACACCGCUAGCUGAUUCAACACGACAACUAAGAGAAAUUGGUCAAUCCUUUUGGACAAGCAGUAAUGAACCAGAUACACAAAAUAUUAAUACGCCGAACAUAGAUCAAAGAAUUUUAGAUGAAGAACUUGAAUUCAAUAUAUCACAUAAACGUCAAAGAAAUCAUAAAGGUGUACGUAAAUCAUUGGGAAUAAAUAAUGAUAUUAAUAAAGAAUUAAUGGAAGAUAACGAGCAAAAAGAAGAUAGGAAGGAUAAUGCUGCGGAAAGAACGGAAAUGUCUCAGUAUUCUGACUUUGAUAAAAUCUCAGAGAUAACUUUUUCAAGAGAUGGAAAUAAACAUUUUAGUGUCGAUUUAGAAAAUAUCAAUCCAUAUUUAAUAGACUCCGAUGAUGAAGAAUUUAAUAUUUUUUAGUAAUUAGUUUUCUACGAUCUCAACCUUACAGUUCCUAUCGUACUGCAAAAUUAAGUCUGAUUUUGAUUAGUAAGUUUUAUUUAAUUUUAAUUAAGAGUUUGUAUUCGGUGAAGUUUAUUUUUGUUUUAAGCUAAAAUUCGUUAUUGUUUUGUGUUAUUAAAAGGUCUUAUGAAGAUUAGUUUACUAUUUCAUGUAAGCAUUAAGUAUUAAUUAUUAAGUAAGUAUUUUAUUAUAGCGUUGAAGCUAGUGUGAUUUAUCAACGACAAUUAAAGGUUUAAUGAAUGUUUCAUUUGAACGAAAGUGUUACUGUUUACAUAAUUAUAAUUAUUAUCUUGUGUCAGCCAAAGAGAGUACUUGUUAAUUAGUCAUAGGAGUUAUUAUUUCAAUAUUUGGUACAAUUUUAUAAUAAAGUUGAUUGGAAAAAAUAACGGAAUUAUCAUUAAUCUGUAUACCUCUAAUUAAUAUGGUGCGAAAUCACAUUCAUCUGCCUAUGUCAUCAUUAAUCUGGCUCAUCAAUUAAUCAGCACCUUCUAAAUUCUAAUCUACAUGAUGCAAUUCGAUGCCUUCGAUAUAUGAUAUUGCACAUAAAGCACUGGGUCAAACUAUAAUAUCAAUUUAGAUCUAAGUGCAAAAAAAAUUUGAGCCAGAUUAAUGAGUCAAAAACCCU